GCUCCCCUCCUCCCCCUGGCUGCAGAGCUAGCUCCCCUCCUCCCCCUGGAUGCUGAGCUCAGACUCCUCCCCUGGUCCUGCCUUUACCCUGGCUGCAGAGCUGCAUCCCCUCCUCCCCCUGGAUGCUGAUCUCUGCUCACUCCCCUGGUCCUGCCUUCACCCUGGUUGCAGAGCUGGCUCCCCUCCUCCCCCUGGAUGCUGAUCUCUGCCCACUCCCCUGGUCCUGCCUUCCCCCUGGCUGCAGAGCUAGCUCCCCUCCUCCCCCUAGAUGCUGAGCUCAGACUCCUCCCCUGGUCCUGCCUUCACCCUGGCUGCAGAGCUAGCUCCCCUCCUCCCCCUAGAUGCUGAGCUCAGACUCCUCCCCUGGUCCUGCCUUCACCCUGGCUGCAGAGCUGCAUCCCCUCCUCCCCCUGGAUGCAGAACGCAGACCCCACCCUCCUGCUGGAUGCUGAUCUCAGCCCUCCUGGAUAUGAAGGUUUCCCUAUAGGAUGAAAUGGAUGUUUGCUGACCAGAUAAGAGACAUCUACAGAGUGAGGAUAUGCUUAUUCUGAUAUAGCAUUUUCAGUGCCUAGACUGUGCAAAAUCAAGGGCAGAUUAUAACAUGUUGGCCUCAAGGAACGCCCUCAUGAGCAACCUGAACUAUGUACACCUGCAGCACGUGUCCCUUGGAGUACACCUAUCUAUGAGGCCUGAGGUGAUGGAAGCUCCCAUUAACCAAGACACAAGCCUGAAAGGUGUUUCUGGGUGCCACCACCAAUGGAAAGACAAUUCAGAACCAGUACUGGUGGAUGCCAAUUCCAAUGACCCGUCAGUGCCAUGCCAAUGCUGUGAGCAGCAUGCGAGGCAAGGGGACACUCUACAGUAUGGCUUGAAGGACCAUACGGAGGCAAUUAUGUACGAUAAGUGUCUGUCUCCAAAUGACCUUCCAUUGAGCCCCUUGUCUCCGUCCUCUCCCUCAACAGACAGCAGCAGUUCCUCAGACUUCACUCUGGAUGAUUCUCCUGUCUCAAUGUAUUACAAGGAAUACUCACAGGAUGCCCUGGAGUCCCCUGACCAGCAGCCAGAAAUUAUUCCUCUGGAUGUGGACACGGAAGCGCCCAGUUCUCUUCAACUACAGAGCUCUACAAGUCUCUUGCCACAAGCAGCCUGCAAGACACUCGUUCUAGACCCAUCAAGUCCCAGACAUCCAGAGAACAUGAACAAUAACAACACAGAGCCAAUAGCUGCUCUAGAUUGUAACUCGGAAUCUAUAUUGGACAGCAACUGUAAUGCUCUUGUAGAGAGUCAACAACUUGACCAGACAUCAUUGUCUUCCUCUUUGACAAACAUUGAUACAGUUGUAGGGCCCAUAACUCAAACAAACAUAGAGAGACUGGACAGUACAGAUGCAAACCUUGCACACGUUCCCCACUGGCCUGUCGACAGUGAUCUUCUUCCAGGUCUGUCCUUCACGGGAAAUGUUUCUACAGAAACACCAAAGAAGACAAUUACUUCAUUCCAUGAGCUGGCCCAGAAGAGGAGAAAGAGUGGAGGGCUGUUGCUGCCACAGCUGAAGAAAGACCGAAGUGAUUGGCUUAUUGUUUUUUCCCCAGACACUGAGCAGCCACCCGUCAAUGAACUGACAGUAUCUGCUUUUCACCACGGGGUUUUGGUGCCUCAAACCCAUUCGUUGCCAGCAGGAAAGGAAGUCACUACAUUCAGGGAGUUGAGGUAUCGCAACACGCUUAAUAAACAGAGCGUUCAUCAGGGAAAGGUCCACAGCUUUUGCUUUGGGGAGAUGGGACCUUCCGAACCUUCAGCCGCAGGAAAUGUCUCAUAUUUGUCUUGGGAGCAGAAUGGCUCACCCCAUUUAGUCACAAAAGAAAUGGUUCUCGAAGACCCAGCUGUGAGAGAGAUUGAAUACCAGAAACAGGAUUAUCAACCUAGACCUAAUCAGGCCAAAAGCUACCAGAAACCUGAUGCAAACAUGCAAAAAGCAGACACAGCAGAGGUUUCAGGGAAAGUGUGGUCAUUAAGUGGUCACAAAAUAUCUACAUUUGUGGAUACAUUAUCAACCACAACAGGACGGUAUGAUGAAUCCACUUUAAAGAGUGAACUCUGCAGCAGACCUGCGAAAGACAUUGUAUCCACCAAGGCAGGAGUCUGGGGUCGAGGAAUGGCAGACGGGGGCGACAAGAGAUGCCAAGAAGUUGGAGCCUCUGCUUUCCCUGCUUCCAAUCUAUUUAUCCGUCUGGCUACUAACAUGCGGCCGCUUUACCCGUCUUAUCCCUUCUCACCGCAAAGUUCAGCCCCGGCCUUUCCCCGUUUCCUGCCCUGGUACCCGAGCUUUCCGCCCCGCUUGUCCCCUGUGGGGGCCUACUCUCCCCCUCAACGGGCACUGCUCCCAUUGGAAAUCACUCCGGAUAUGUCUGUCCUGCUGUCACCGAUGUUUCCAAAGAACAAGAGCAGAGAGAAGGCACCACACUGCGUCGCCAUGACGGACACGCCAGACCCAGAUGGUGAGCGCGCCCCGUUGAUGGCGGAUGCGUCUGGAAACUCCGUUCAGCAGCAGAAGAAAGGCCUCCUCAUCGCCAUCGGCUUCUCCGUGGAGAAGAUCGUCUCGCAUUUUAACACCAGCAGAAACCAGGUGCAGAAGACACAGCUUGGGGACAGCAGACUGAGUCCAACACUAGGCUACCUCAUCCUAAACCACCUAUGCCCCUCACUGUAUGCCUUGCUGGGGGAUGGACUGAAACAGUAUCAGAAGGACGUGAUUGUUGGCCGGAGACGGCUGAGCCCUUGGAGCCUAGUGGAGACCUCCAGUAAAACUGGCCCCAAGUCCCUGCAGGCCGUGUACAGUAAAGUCAGCAGCCUCCAACAACUGCGAGACCCUCAGAGAAGGUUCAACGCCUUCAUCUAUGGACUUCUGAAUACAAAGCUGCUGGAUGUUUGGGUGUCACAUCUGCAUCACACGUACGCUCAGCUGUCCGUCCUCUUUCUUCCUACGGGAUUCCUGCCCUUGGCGGAGACGUGGCCAGAACUGUACGAGGAGCUGAUUCUGACCUUACAGCCUCUGUCUGCUCUGACCUUUCACAUUGACCUCCUGUUUGAGCAUCAUCAUCUCCAGCUGCAAGAUGUGCCAAGCCUGCAGCGGGUGCCUGGUCCCGGACAGACGUCACACAACUGGGGCAUACCGUCUUUCCAGCACCUACUAGACAUCGGGGGGUGGAUCACACACAACCUCACAGGCAGUGCAGAGACAGCCACAGAGCCACCAAGCAAGGGAAAACCUGAGGAUGCAUGCUCUUACAAUGGCAGUCCGACCUUCCACGCCAGGGAUCGUCCACAAGAACGAUCUGUGCCAGGCAGAGAUGACCUGCCAGAGUCAACAGCGCAGCAUGACGACCACCGACAGUGUCUCCUCUCUCCUGGUGCCAGCACAACGCAUGGCAGAGACUCCAGCAACAACUGGUGGGAACAUCUAAACCAGGCCUCUCGCAUGUAUCUUCCCUCAAAAACGGAUUCCUUUUCUUUCGCCAACCUUAAGAACCUAACAACCUGGGGCACCUCUGCCGCUGGGCACGGCCAAAGCGUAACCACCGUAGAAGGAAGGGAUGUGGAGAACUCUUACAGCUUGGACUCCCAGGACACUGUUAGUGAAUCCCAGAAGCAGCUCUAUGACUGUCUCAAUGACUCUAUGAAAGCCAGUGAUACAGGAGGCUCGGAUAAAGGCCCUAAACUGAGCAACACAAGUUCUGAGCGGGUACAGGCUGCCAGGACGCUGGGUGACAGCAGGGAACAACGUCAUGGCAAUGAGAAGAGAGGAACAUGGCUCGGCCAACUCUUUGGUGCAAGUUCCUCUCAUAGCCCAGAUAUGGAGGGAAGAAAUGUAAAAUCAAGACGCCCGUCUAGUUGGCUGCCACCAAAUGUCAAUGUUUGGAGCCUCAUUCGAAAGCCUUUAAAAGUGGAGAUCAUCUCAGAGGAGCCAGAAACUGGACAGAAGUCUAGCCGCAAGCCGGAAAGGUCCCUACGUGCGCUCUGCGAUCAUGCGGCCGCUGGUGAGACCCAGCUAAGUUUUAAAAAAGGGGAUAUCCUUCAGCUUCUUGGGACUGUGGACGAGGACUGGAUCCAGUGCCGGCAUGGAAGGGAUACAGGCCUGGUUCCGGUGGGGUACACUUCCCUGAUCCUGUGACGUGCAGAUGUACAAGUCUAUCAGAGCUUUGUUUCCCCAGUUCCAUGGACUUCUCACCAGAAGGUCUGGCUUAUAACAGUAUCUGCAGGAAAACAAGGUGUUCCGUUCGUCGUCCGUGUUAUCUGCUACAUGUAUGUGACAAAUGUUUAGGACUACAGCCCUACUGGAGGCAGGAUUAAAGUGCAAGCUUUUGGGGUACAGGUGGAGAGAGUUUUGUUACUUGCUAAAAUAAGGAUGAAGACUGUAUCAGUGACCAUGUAGCUUAGCCCCAGGGCUGCACGGUAUAUCUCCUACUAUACAGGGUCCGCUCUGGUCCAUGUAUCCGAUGGGCACAGGAAUGAGCAGGAGAUUGGAACCAGGGAUUACUUCGUGAUAAAUAACAUGGAUUAUAUAAUGUGUGAGCUACUGAUUAUAUCAAAUCUUUAUGUAUUAUUAGAGAAUAUUGGCGCCCCUAUAGUAAUACUGUAUACUGCACUUCUAUACGAUGUGACUAGUAUGUAUUUAUAACCCACAAAGCGCAGAACACCAGAAACGACGUAUAAUAAAAGGUGAUUCCUCUG